AUGGUCGAAAUCAAGACCGUUCUCGGUCGCCUCGGAGACCAACAGCAGAUCGCCGAAACGACUAUCCCCGAGAUCGAGAUCAUGGCGCAGGCUUUCGAGGCCACGGUCGGGAUGAAUAUCGUCGCCGGGAUUCACGCUCACCACCUCGCCGUGGAAGACAAUCAUACAAAGAUCGUGACCGCGAGGGUUAUAGGAGCGGAAGCCAUAGUCGCAGCCGCAGCCCUCGGCGAGGCCAGUUCCACCCUGGGAAUGAGAGUCGCGAAGGUAGCUUACCAUGUCCACGACUUGGAAGAUAUUCGGGUCAUUCGGGACCGUCAGACCAAACUGUCAAGACAGCUAGGAUUCUUGCGGUUCCGCACGAUUGAGGAAUCCAGAGAUUUCGUGACAAAGAACCAGCCAGCCAUUUAUUUCUAUGGGCCCAGCGCUGGUCCAAACGACCGCAGUACCAAAGUGCGUAUUGCAUACAGCCGUGAGCGAGAAGACAGAGCACGUCCAAGAGGAGAGAGUGAUUGGACUUGCCGCAUGUGUGCUAUCUCCAAUUAUUCUACACGUGGAAAGUGCUUCAAGUGCAACGCCCCACGACCUGAAAUGGCUACCACCGACCCAUUCGGAGCUCCCGCUCCCAGAGUUGCCAACCUCGGUGAUACUGAUGCUGCCCCCGAGAACCAGCCCUCCCAAUUCCUUCUGCUUCGUGGGUUAGAUCCCGCCGUCACUGAGCAGCUUCUCGGAAAGGGCGUUGCCAAACUGUAUCGCCCCUCUGGUAGCAAUGACACUGCCCCCAAUGACUCCAACAAGGGUCCCAAAGUCGCCUCAACGAGCAGCACACUCGGAGCGCGAGAGGGCUCCAUCCGUCGCGUCUUGCUUGUGCGCGAUCGCAAAACCAAUGAGAGUUGGGGAUAUGGAUUUGCAGAAUUUGCAGGCGUUGCGGAUGCGCAAGCCGCGAUGGCUCGCCUCAAGUCAUUUAAUAAGUUCACAAUCUCUUCGAAGCCUGUCUUGGUUACCUUCAUCCACGCAGGAGUGUUUAUCCCAGUUUUGAGUCCCUCGGCUAGCACCGAUGCAUUUACGUUUACGCCGCUGCAUAACAAAGCAAUGAGACUGAUGUACUGGGACGACAAAGGUUAUGUCACAGAGCUGACGCUGACCGCGGAAGAAGAUGAUCUCGCACAGCCUAAUCCUCAAAUCAACCAGACCAAGGGCACGAAGGACACUGAAAAAGCGAAGAAGCGAAAGGCUGAUGCCGCCACCAACGCCAAUUCCAAAAAGCUUGCUAUGCCCACCCAGCUUCAGUUCUGGAGUAACCGUCACGCCGAGCUCCACGGGAUUCCAAACAGAGCCGACGAGAACACACCUGGUGCCACUGCCGGAGCCAACCCUGCCCAGGAAGUCCAGUCUUACGCCGACUACAAUAAAGUUUGCUGCUGGCUGUGUAUGCGUCAACUGAGGAACGUUGCCAAACUCAGAUUACAUGAGCGUGCCAGUGAACUGCAUCAAGCCAACCUGCAGAACAAGGAGCUGACCGACUACGCCAUGUACAAAUUAAUCAAGCAUGAACUCGUGAAAGCGCCUGAGGGUUAUGAGAAGCCGACUAUUCAAGAAUACCGUGACCGUGCAAAAGAGCGCCGUCAAGCCCUUGGCCCUAAAGUCGCCGCGCCCUCUCAACGAGCUACGCCAAGGGAAGAACCCGAAGCUCCUGUGCAGACAAAGACGACCUCGAAGGGUGCUUCUCUUCUCGGCAAAAUGGGAUGGUCUGAAGGUACCGGUCUUGGUGCACAAGGAACUGGUGUCAUUGAGCCAAUUGCGACCGAAAUUUAUGCGCAGGGUGUUGGUCUCGGUGCCCAGGGAGGCAAGCUAGGCGAUGCAACUGAAGAAGCGGGUCGGAACACGCGUGGCCGAUAUGAUGAAUUCUUGGAGAAGACCAGGAAUACCGCGCGCCAGCGCUUUGAGGAGAUGGACCGGUCUUAG